AUGAAUCCCCCGCAGACCGUCGCAAACGACUUUUACCCCUACUGGCCAGGAGAUUCACCACCGAUACCCACUGAAGCCCAAAUAGACGAGAUUCUUCGGCCGAUACGCCCCGAAGCACUACGCACCUACGCUUGCAAUACCUGCGCCGAAAAGGGUCUUUGGCUACGUCUUUGCUACACUGAUGAAGAGGCGCAUAACUCUCUAUGGGCCGACAAUGAAGACGCAGAAUGGGUUACUUACGAUGGGGUAGUACUCGACGACGAAAGUAUCUUUGGUGGUUUGGAUUUGCAAGGCGCUCUGGAAAUCCUUCCUGAGCGUGUCACGAAUGAGGCUCUCGAUAUUGAGCGCAGAGACAACGAACUCCGAGAAAUAUUAGCUGCUCAGCGAGAAAGUCCAGAUCCUAGUGCAGAAAAUUACUCUGAUGAGCUCAAGGAGGAAUUGGCACGAAGAAAGACAGAACGAGAUGAGAACCCUCUUUUAAGGUAUGGUCUAUAUCAUGCCGAGUGUGUUGUUACUCAUAUCUAUGUGGAGGAUGAGGUGGUGAUCAACGGUGGAGGUGUAUUGCAUGUGUUUUUAGAUGAUCGUGGAAAUGUGGUGAGACAGUGGCGGGUGCAAAAUGAUGGAUCGGAAGAUAAUUAUGAUGGCGCCUGGUUUGAACGUCUUUGGAAAGAUAACUUUUCAUACGCUUUUGGUGAAAUUGGCCCUGCUUACCAUGAGGGUGGAAGCCGAGGCCCUUCAUACACCCUUUGA